UGUUCCCGCCAAAAAUAAAUAAUACGGGAACACUUAUUUUUGUCCAUCAAAAUCUGAAAUGGAAAUAGAGUCAUAAGCAGAAUGGUUUUACAGAACAGUGGAAAGUAUCACGCGGAACCUUCGGGAAAAGAGGAUGGUGGGAAUAGGGAGGACUCCACAGAUAAGCGACUCCGAAGAGCCCUAUUCAACGAAGAAGUUGACAUACGCUUUGGAUAUGACCGCCAUAAAGACACUUAUGAAAAAGUUGGCUGGCUUAUCAAUAUGCAUCCGGGGGAUGUGUUGGAUGAAGACAAGAAGUUGGUCAGCGCUGUGGAUUAUUACUUUGUACAAGAUGAUGGAGGGCGGUUUAAGGUAUCACUGCCUUUCAAACCUUACUUCUACGUGGCAACCAAGGCCAACUGUGAGCGUGAAGUCGCCUCCUUCCUGAUGAAAAAAUAUGCAGGCAAGAUGGCGGCUGUUGAAACUGUAAACAAGGAGGACUUGGACCUGCAUAACCAUCUGGUGGGCCUGAAAAGGACCUACUUGAAACUGUCCUUCAGUUCUGUGGAAGAUCUGAUGAAGGUGAAGAAGGACAUAAAUCCAGCUGUGAAGAAAAAUAAAGACCGGGCAAAAUCUCAAGAUGCAUACAGUGAAAUGUUAACAAGUCAUCUGGCAGGAGACACUGGGUCCAGUGUGAUGUCCAAGAAGAUAGCAGACCAGAUGGAGAAUAUUAUAGACAUCAGAGAGCAUGAUGUGCCAUACCAUGUGAGGGUAUCCAUAGAUAAGCGUAUCCACAUUGGUCAUUGGUACGCAGUCAGAGGGAGAGGAGCUGGCCCCCCAGAGAUACGGAGGAGGGAGGACCUUGUGGAAACCCCUGAUCCAGUUGUUUUAGCCUAUGAUAUAGAAACGACCAAACUGCCGCUAAAAUUCCCAGACUCUUCCACAGACCAGAUUAUGAUGAUAUCGUACAUGAUAGACGGUCAAGGUUAUCUGAUCUGUAACAGAGAGAUCGUAGCGCAGGACGUGGAAGAUUUUGAGUACACUCCGCGUCCAGAAUUUGAAGGACCUUUCAUUGUAUUCAAUGAACCAGAUGAGAUGGGUACUAUUCAGAAAUUUAUUGAUCAUAUAAUAGAAGUGAAACCUAAUAUUUUUGUCACAUACAAUGGUGACUCGUUUGAUUGGCCAUUUGUUGAGGCCAGAGCCGCCUUUCACAGCAUCGAUCUGGAGAGGGAGAUUGGGUUUGCCAAGGACAGUAUGGGGGAGUACAAGUCCAGACCUUGCAUUCACAUGGACUGUUUCAGGUGGGUAAAGAGAGACAGUUACUUACCUGUAGGAAGUCAGAACCUGAAGGCAGUGGCAAAGGCUAAGUUGAGAUACGACCCAGUGGAGUUAGACCCUGAAGAGAUGUGUAGGAUGGCCAAUGAACAACCACAGGUACUUGCCAAUUAUUCAGUGUCAGAUGCAGUGGCCACGUAUUACUUGUACAUGAAGUAUGUGCAUCCUUUCAUCUUUGCCCUGUGCACUAUUAUCCCCAUGGAACCAGACGAGGUAUUACGUAAAGGCUCCGGCACCCUCUGUGAGGCACUGCUCAUGGUCCAGGCCUACCACGCCAACAUCGUCUUCCCAAACAAACAGGAGCAAGUGUUCAAUAAACUCAGCGAUGAUGGCCAUGUUCUUGAUACAGAGACAUACGUGGGUGGUCACGUUGAGGCUUUGGAGUCGGGAGUCUUCAGGGCAGAUAUUCCAUGUAGAUUUAGAAUGGUUCCAGAGGCAUUUCAAGGUCUGAUAGAUAAAGUAGAGAAAACCAUGAAGCAUGCCAUAGAAGAGGAAGAGGGAAUACCUUUAGAUACUGUCACUAACUUUGAUGAAGUUUGUGCAGAAAUUAUAGAGAAACUGUCUCGAUUGCGUGACUGUCCGAACCGUUUGGAAAACCCAAUUAUUUACCAUCUUGAUGUGGGUGCCAUGUACCCUAACAUCAUCUUGACCAACCGAUUACAGCCGUCAGCCAAUGUAGAUGAAGCCACAUGUGCUGCUUGUGACUUCAACAGACCAGGGGCUCUGUGUCAGCGGAAAAUGACCUGGACUUGGAGAGGGGAAGUCAUGCCUGCGUCCCGUAGUGAAUAUCACCGUAUUCAGCAGCAGUUAGAAAAUGAAAAGUUCCCCCCUGCCUUUCCCGAUGGUAAGCCCAGAGCCUUCCAUGAACUCUCCAGGGAAGAACAGGCCAGUUUUGAGAAGAAGCGACUUGCAGAUUACUGCAGAAAGGCGUACAAGAAAACCCACGUGACAAGAAUAGAGGAGAGAGUGGCCACGGUGUGUCAGAGAGAAAACUCAUUCUACGUCGAUACAGUCCGCGCUUUUAGGGACAGAAGAUACGAGUUCAAGGGACUUACAAAGGUGUGGAAGAACAAGGUGUCAGAGGCCGAGAAGAAGAAGGAUCCUGCGGAGAUCAAAAGAGCAAAUGGUUUGCUGGUGCUCUAUGACUCCUUGCAGCUGGCACACAAAUGUAUCCUGAACUCUUUCUACGGCUACGUGAUGAGGAAAGGUGCCCGCUGGUAUUGCAUGGAGAUGGCAGGCAUUGUAUGUCACACUGGAGCCAACAUUAUUAUGCAGGCCAGAGAACUCAUUGAACAAAUUGGGAGACCCCUAGAGUUGGAUACAGAUGGAAUUUGGUGCAUUCUGCCAGCAUCCUUUCCAGAAAAUUACGUCAUCAAGACAACAAACCCCAAGAAAUCCAAAGUGACCAUCUCCUACUCUGGUGCUAUGUUGAAUAUUAUGGUCAAGGACAGCUACACCAACCCCCAGUAUCACGAACUGGUAGACCCCAAGACCCUGAAGUACGAAGUGCGAGCCGAGAACUCCAUCUUCUUUGAGGUGGACGGUCCGUACCUGUCCAUGAUACUGCCCGCGUCCAAGGAGGAGGGGAAGAAGUUAAAGAAGAGAUACGCUGUGUUUAAUUUUGAUGGCUCUCUGGCUGAGUUAAAGGGUUUUGAAGUAAAGAGAAGAGGAGAGUUACAGCUCAUUAAGAUCUUCCAGUCGUCCGUGUUUGAGGCAUUUUUAAAAGGCAGUACAAGAGAGGAGUGUUAUGCCUGUGUCGCCAAAGUCGCAGAUUAUUGGUUAGAUGUCUUGUACAGUAAGGCAGCCAACAUGCCCGACUCGGAGCUGUUUGAGUUGAUCUCAGAAAACAGAAGCAUGUCAAGGAAACUUUCGGACUACGGUGGCCAGAAGUCCACCUCCAUCAGCACUGCUAAAAGACUGGCCGAGUUCCUUGGAGAUCAAAUGGUGAAGGAUGCUGGACUGGCGUGCAAGUUUGUCAUCUCUAAGAAACCUGAGGGGUCCCCUGUCACUGAGAGGGCCAUUCCGCUGGCCAUCUUCCAGGCAGAGCCAGGAGUGAAGAAACAUUACCUGAAGAAGUGGCUGAAGAGUCCUUCCAUGUCUGACUUUGAUAUUAGAGCUAUCCUGGACUGGGAGUACUACAUAGAAAGACUGGGUAGCUGUGUCCAGAAGAUUAUCACAAUUCCAGCUGCUUUACAGGGGGUUGCCAAUCCCGUCCCCAGGGUGCGCCACCCGGACUGGCUGCACAAGAAACUCUUGGAGAAGAACGACAUCUAUAAACAGAAGAGAAUUAAUGAAAUAUUUGCCCCAGUUCCAAAGCCUAAUCCUCCAGAGGAGAGCUCUGAGAGCCCUAUGGACACCUCCCAAAAUGUGGGGGACAUUGAAGAUAUCGGAGAUAAAAGUCACAAGAAACAAAAUGGUGUCCAUUUGGUGUCUGUCACCACAAAUAACCGCAAACGUGGCCGAGGGGAUGCCGAGAGUUCACAGGGGGUCUCUCAGGAGGAUUCAGACCUUACCAAGUCAUGGAGAGAGGUUCUUGGAGCACCGCCGCCACUGGGGAAGACAAAGGAGGAGCACCGGGCAUGGCUGGAGUUUCACAAGAAAAAAUGGGAGUUCCAGCGACGCCAGAGACAGCAGCAGCAGAAACGCAGGCGUCUUGAUACAGGAUUUGAGCCUACAGGGGGCAGUGUGAUAAGGAGCGGGCCAGCGACAGGUUUGGGGGGAUUUUUUAGGAAGACUGCCAGAGCCAUGUUUGACCUCCCCUGGCAGAUUGUCCAGAUAGCAGAGACUGGUCAUCCUGGAUUGUUCAGAUUGUGGGCGUUAAUAGGAACUGACCUCCACGCUAUCAAACUGACCGUCCCGAGGAUAUUUUACGUCAACCAGAAGUCAGCCAAGGAAGGAGAAGGACAGAUGUGGAGAAAGGUGAACAGAACUCUGCCCAGGUCCCACCCAGUGUUUAACCUGUACGAGUACAACGUUCCUGAGGAUGUGUAUCUGGAACAUAUAAAUGAGAUCAGUGCGGACCUGUCAUCACCUGACAUCGAGGGUGUCUACGAGACCCAUGUUCCUCUCAGUUUCCGUGCUCUCGUCAAGCUAGGAUGUGUCGUCACUGUGAACAAAGAGUUUAUCAAACUGAUGGGAGGAAGAGAACCAGAAACCUUUGACAUAGAGCACCUGGAUUUCAGGACCCUGGCACAGUUCCCGUACUUAGAACCAGGCUCCAUGAAACACAUCUAUCUAUACCAUCAUGUGUGUGGCCACAAGAUGAUAUUUGGUCUGUUUUUCCCAAUGUCCAAGAAGGGGUCAGUGUUUGUGGUGGACACAGUGAGGAGUAACCAGAUGCCCAACAUGACUGCACUCUUUAAUGCUGAGAGGAACAAUAAAGUGACCAAAUCAAACAUGGCGGAGGAGCUCUUGCCAGCAGCGGGUCACACGUUUGAUGUGCGUGUCGAGACAGACGUACGUCAGGUCCACAGAGCCAUACAGAGGCUGCUGUCAGCUUACAAGGACGAGAAAAGAGGUGCCACGCUGAUAGCUGUGCAGUCUCCCCACGAUUUCCAGCACUUAACCAGUGCCAUGCCAGGUCUCACUGACUUCCCUAUGGUGCCAGUUCACUACCUGGAUAGCCCAGAGUUGUACAGUGUUCUAGACUGGCAGAGGAUGGGAUCACGAAGGAUGGUACAACAUUACCUCAACCUGGAGAUUGUGCUACAGACCAUGAUGGAGCAGUGUCGCUACUUCCACAUUCCACUUGGUAAUAUGCCCAAAGACCCAACCAUGUUUGGCUGCGAUCUGUUUUUCGCGCGUCAUCUUCAGAAGCACAAUCACGUGCUUUGGUGUUCGCGCUCAGAGAGGCCUGAUCUGGGUGGGAAGGAGGCAGACGACAAUAGGCUACUUACAGAAUUUGAAGAAAGCAGUAGCAUCGAGAUCAACAAUUCUGGAAGUUACUCUACAGUCUGUAUAGAGCUAGAUCUGGCUAGCCUUGCUGUCAAUACCAUUCUAGAGUCUCAACAUGUCAAUGACUAUGAGGGAGCCAGCCUGGUUAACUUCGACACCACCCCCCAGGUGUCACUAGAAGACAUGGUACAGGGUCAAGGCGCGGCCACAAUGCUGGCCAGCUAUGAUGAGACAGCCCUCUGCUCAGCCACCUUCAGGAUAUUAAAAAGCAUGGUCCAGGGCUGGGUGAGAGAUGUCACUCAUUACGGCAAUGUCUUUGCAGACUAUCAAAUUGUCCACUUCUACAGAUGGCUUCGGCAUACAGGAGCAUUGCUAUAUGACCCUGCCUUGAGACGCACCCUGCAUAACAUGAUGAAGAAACUGUUCAUGCAGUUGAUAGCAGAGUUCAAACGUUUGGGUUCCAACAUAGUGUACGCCAGCUUUAAUCGGGUCAUCUUAAGUACCAAGAAAAGGCGAAUUUCUGACGCCAUUGCCUAUGUGGAGUAUAUCACCAAUAGUAUCCGUGCCAAGGAGUUGUAUCGCUGUAUUGAUAUCCAGUACAAGGAAUGCUGGGAGUUUCUGAUGUGGCUUGAUGCGGCAAAUUAUGGUGGUGUGAAGGGAAAAUUUGAUGUGCCUUCUCUUACUGAAGAAGAAGAGGCGCAAUCACAGCGUGAGAAGGAAAGACAAAAGGAGAAAGAGGGAGAUGAGGGAAGUGAUGAUGAGGAUGAAGGAGGUUUAGAAAAAGAAGACGAAGAAGUGUUGAACCUGUCUGAUGACGAUGACGAUCCUGUGAUAGAGAUGAACUGGAAUAUAGUACACUACCUGCCAGAAGCUGCAGCCUGCCAAACCAACUUCAAUAUGAUUGUAGCAGGCUACAUCCUGGCUGUUUAUAAACAAGUCCAGGAAGAGGCUCGCUCUAUGACGCCAGGGAACACACCAAUCAGACGCCGGCACACAAGUCAAAGUCAAACGCAGACGAACCCUGCUGUGAAGUCAAUGGAUGGGGCAGCCACGCCCGCACAGGUGGAAUUUUCUCAGAAUUUGAUUGAGGGAGAUCUUACGCAGCAGAUGUUUGGGAUUACCCAGAAAAUUCAGAAGAAGAUAGCAGGGAACAGGAACACUCUGGGAGAUGCUGCCACAGAGUUUCCCAUACUCCCAGGAUCCCAUCUUCCUCUUAGUAAUCCAGCUCUGGAGUUUGUUAAGGCUGUUUGUAAGGUUCUGGAGCUGGACUCCAACAUCAGUCUCCCUGUGAUGAAGAUGAAAAGGGACCUGCUGAAACUGAUAGGAGUUGGAGAAUUCUCCAAUGAUGCUGAAUGGAGGGACCCCUGUCUCUCAUACACCCUGCCAGAGGUGAUAUGUAAAACCUGUAACUACAUCCGUGACCUUGACCUCUGUAGAGAUCCAUUACUUCUGCAAGAGGGGGAAUCCAUGUCAGUUUGGCAGUGUCCACAGUGUAACAAUGAGUACGACACAGAUGAGAUAGAACAAGCACUGGUAGACGCUGUGCAGAGGAAGUCUAUGGGAUAUGUUCUGCAGGAUUUGAAAUGCAAGAAAUGUCAUGGGGUAAAGGAAUCCAAUAUGUCCAAGUACUGCACCUGUGCUGGAGACUUCAGCAACACUGUGUCUCUGGAAGACCUGGGAAAGAAGCUUAGAACCUUCAGAAAUAUUGCAAGUCACUACAACAUGGCUCAGUUGUUGGAAGUGGUGGAGUGGAUCCUAAAGAUGAAUCCUCAGAUAAAUACACCAUAAUCUGGAAUACAAAUUGACUCGGGAUUCACAGUGGUGUAGAAUGAACUAGAGACUAAAUAUAAUCAGCAGAGUUGGAUGAGACAAUUUUUUUGAGAGAACCUAAUAAAUUUAUUUAAUUGUGAAGAUAUUUAUCCUAAGGAUAAUGACAUGGAUUAUUUGUUUUCAUGUGAAAAGAUGAUACAAGAAAGGAAAAGCCAAAGGCAAACUUGUAUUUUAGUCGUAUAAGUCAGUUCAUUUUACUGUCUGUAAACCAUGACUUGUCCAUCAAAAUUUGCCUAGAUCCUAUGAGUACAUGUUUAUUAGGUGACAAAUGAAAAAAAAAAACACAAACAACCAUGUUUCCCAAACACUGUGAAUGCACAUGUACAAAAUGACUUCAACAGUGAUUUGAAAAAUGGCACCUCUUCAUCAUUUGAUUGGAUUUUUACA